GUUCGUGUUAAAUUUAUUUAUGAUGACUUUGCUUUUGCUUAAAUCAGCUGAAAUUUAAAAACAAACGUUUAAACUUAUUAGAUAUAUCUCAUUAUUCCUCUUUAAAUGGUAGAAUAACUUAUUUGUGAACUCUCCAAAUGGGUUUUUAAAGUAUUUGAGCAAAUAGGAUAUGUUAAUCGGUGGUCAUGUCAAAUUUAUAUUCCAAAAUAGGACCUAAGCCACCAAAACGUAUACAGGAAAAUAUUAAUUUAUCCCAAACUUGGAUGAAUGCUGAAGUUUUAAAUAAUGGGUCACUUAACUUGUCUCCUCCACACACCGUUUGCCAGAAGGAGACUUUGCCAAUAUUACAGCCAGUUAGUGCGCCCGAAUCACCUUCUUCGAGUUCAUGCAGUUCCCCGACAGUUUCUACAUCUCUCUUGGACUCAAAUUGGCAAGCAACUAAACACAACGUACGUCAGAGAAAUGCAGCAAUGUUUAACAAUGAAUUAAUGUCAGACAUAAAGUUCAUUGUGGGACCACCAGGAUCGACCCACGUUAUUCCAGCUCAUAAAUACGUUCUUUCUACUGGUAGUUCAGUAUUUUAUGCCAUGUUUUACGGAGGUCUUGCCGAGGUUAAAGAAGAAAUAGAAGUGCCUGACGUAGAGCCUUCAGCUUUCCUUGCAUUACUAAAGUACCUGUACUGUGAUGAAGCUCAACUUGAAGCCGAUACGGUUUUAGCUACACUGUAUGUAGCUAAAAAGUAUAUAGUACCACAUUUAGCUCGUGCUUGUGUUACAUAUUUGGAGACUAGUCUCACAGCUAAAAAUGCUUGCCUAUUGCUGAGCCAGUCUCGGCUGUUUGAGGAAUUUGAAUUGAUGCAAAGGUGUUGGGAAGUGAUUGAUGCACAAGCAGAAAUGGCUGUAAAAUCAGAGGGUUUCACUGAUAUUGAUAUGGCCACAUUAGAAUCAAUAUUAGCGCGAGAAACGCUGAAUUGCAAAGAAAUGGUUCUUUUAGAAGCUGCUCUCAAUUGGGCAACAGCGGAAUGCCUCCGGAGGGAGUUAGAAGUAACACCGCAGAACAAACGAGAAAUUCUGGGAAAUGCCCUUUAUUUAAUCAGAAUACCUACAAUGUCCUUGGAAGAAUUCGCAAACGGGGCCGCUCAAAUUGGCAUUUUGACUCAACAAGAAAUUAUCGAUAUAUUUUUUCAUUUUACCGCCAAUAACAAACCGUGUUUGCAGUAUCCCAUCAAACCCAGGUCCGGAUUGAAAUCUCAUGUUUGUCAUCGGUUUCAAUCGAGCGCGUACAGAGGAAACCAAUGGCGUUACAGAGGGAGAUGCGACAGCAUUCAAUUUUCCGUGGAUCAUCGAAUAUUUGUAGUGGGUUUUGGUUUGUACGGAUCUUCCAACGGCGGUGCUGAUUAUACCGUCAAAAUAGAAUUAAAGAGAUUAGGACGGGUUUUGGCUGAAAAUAAUACGAAGUUCUUUUCCGAUGGAUCUAGUAAAACUUUCCACGUGUAUUUCGAUAAUCCUAUACAGAUAGAGCCCGACGCAUUUUAUACAGCUUCUGUUAUUCUCGAUGGCGACAAAUUGAGUUAUUUUGGCCAAGAAGGACUUAGUGAAACGACGGUGGGUCAAGUAACGUUUCAGUUCCAGUGCAGCUCGGAGAGUACGAAUGGAACAGGUGUACAAGGUGGACAAAUACCGGAACUAAUUUUUUACGGUCCUUCUGUAAAUCUGUAGAAUAUACUUAUUCUAUUAUAAAUAGACUAGGUCAGGAAUAUGAUAUGCUAAAGAGCAUUUUAUAAAUUACAUUAUAUUAAGAGUUUUAAGGUUCUACAGAGUGACUACUUUUAUCUGUAAUGUAUUUUAAAAUUACUACAAGAGAAUCGUUUCAUGAAAUUUCUAUGUUACCUAUUUAAUAUUGAAUGAUAUGUAUGAAAGUUCAAGCGAAUACGUGCAUAAUGAAUUCAAAGCACAAAGAGAUUGUUUAUCUACUCGUAACUCUUGGCAAAAUCUAAUCAUACAAGCGAUUUGAAUCAAAUUUUCGUGAGAUGCAUCAUUAUGCAUAAUGAAGGCUUAUCGAUCAUGAAGUUUAAAGAUGAACUCUCAAUGAGCGAAAGAAAUUGUUUGGCUGGAAAUUGUUAAUUGGGUAAUAUCCAGGAGAGAGCAGGUAAAUAAAGCCUUUCCAAAUCCGCAUUAUUGACUGUCCUGCACUUUCCAUUAAUCCAUCCAUAACAAAAAAUUGAUAGUAUAGCGGAAUAAUUGGUUAUUUUUAUUAGAUUUGAAAUCUGAAUAUUUUUUUGGUAUUAAUUUAUUAAAGAACGAUAAAAUUGUAACAUUUUAAAAGACAUAGAUUGGCAUACACAUAUUAGGUACAUACUUGUUUAAUUUGAUAGUCGAGUGUAACAAUGAUGAUUUUUUAUAGAUGUGUUGAAUUAUUUAUAUUUAAUAAAACACAUUUAAAAACAAUGGGUUCCUUUAAUUUAGACGCA